AGGAGCUGACAGCCAGCCGGGAAGCUUUGCGUAGACUGCAAGAAGAGCGGCAAAGACUCCUAGGGAACUCGGUGCCGCGCAGCUUCAAGAGCUGAGGAUGGGGACUGAGAAGCCCUGUAGUCUGUGUACAGCCUAGGCCAGAAGGAGCAGAGGGGAAAAGAAGCGAUCAGAUAACGGGGGUGGAAAUGCAUUGGAAAGGUACUUCAAAAGAAUAUUUAUUGCAAAGGCUGCCCUGUAGCAGGAUCACAGUGAAUCAUUAUCCUAAGCGAGAGCUGUAGAUUCCUCUCAAGGCACCCUGCUGUCAAAUUCCUCAUGACAGCUGACAGCUCCACCCUUCAUGUUUGGGACUAGCUGACGAAGAUGGAGGUAUUGCGCCGCUCUUCUGUCUUUGCUGCAGAGGUGAUGGAAGUGUUUGAUCGGACGCCCACUGACAAGGAGCUUGUUUCUCAGGCCAAGGUGCUCUGCAGAGACUACAUCCACUCCAGGUUGAUUCGGGCAGGAAUUGGCUGGAACAAGCCUGAAUAUAGCGCACCUGCUCCUGGUGGCAAGUUAGCAGAGGUGUCAAACAUUCUUUUGAGAUUAGGUGAUGAGCUGGAGUACAUUAGGCCCAACCUUUAUCGGAAUGUUGCACGACAGCUAAACAUCUCCCUGCACUCAGAGACGGUGGUGACGGAUGCCUUCCUGGCAGUGGCAACUCAGAUCUUUUCUUCAGGCAUCACAUGGGGGAAGGUGGUGUCGCUCUAUGCUGUGGCAGCUGGGCUGGCAGUUGACUGUGUUAGACAUGCCCAACCAGCUAUGGUCCACACCAUUGUAGACUGCUUGGGGGAGUUUGUACGCAAGACUUUGGUGACGUGGCUUAAGAGGAGAGGAGGCUGGACUGACAUAACGAAGUGUGUGGUGAAUACUGAUCCCAACCUUCGCACCCAUUGGCUUGUGGCUGCCAUCUGUAGUUUUGGUCAUUUCCUGAAGGCCAUCUUCUUCAUGCUCUUGCCAGAAAGAUGACAUCCAGUUUCCUAGUGAAGCCCAUCUCCUUCUUGGGGUCGCAGGCAGCACAGGGAAGGAAUGGUGGGGGGAGGACCAGCCAAAUGCACAUUCCUUUCCCAGCUGCCAAAAUGCAAAGACAUUAAUCAACAAUGGGAAAAAUUUCUCUGGGACAUUUCUUGCAAUGCCCUUUGGGCAGGAGACCAAUGUGCUUGUUGCUCAGUUAUUUCCCUCCUUCCCGUUCCAAAUAGUGCUCCAUUUACACAUAAGAAUUCCAACCAGAGCUGCCAACAAGAAGAAAACUAUUCUCCUUUAAUUGUAAAAUGGCUACUGCUUAGCAGGGUUUUUUUUUCCCCUUUCAGAUGGCUAGUAGAUCCUCCAAUCUUCUCUAAACAUUGCAUCCUUGAGGCUGUAAUAUGCAAAGCAAACUGCCUGAUACAUUUGGAUUUAGGUGAUAAAACAAGGAACAAAUUAAAAUGCUAGGUUUUACCUAAUGGAGCCCAGAGAUGCUAGACUGCAGAAUGAAUGCUCAGAUAAGUAUUCUCUCUGUUUCUUUUCAAAAGCUUGAGAAAGUUAACAGAGAAUUCAAGUGACUCCCUGCGUGAGUUGUAUUUUGAGGGGAAAGAAGUGGCAUCACUCUUAUAUCCACUGCUGUGUAUUUAUCAUGUACAAUAUGCAACUGUUUAUUUUGUGGUAAACAAUAAAUGCUAACUGAACA